GCAGCAUCGGCGUCGGCAGCAGCAGCGGCAGCAUUUGUUUUGAAGUCAUUUUCGCUCAGCUGAAGAAAGGUCAAGCGUUGCGUAAAAAAACAAACAAACAAACACACGCAUAACUGUUAUUAUAUUAUUCGGUUUGUGUUGGUGUGUGUGUGUGUAGAAAAGCAGGCAAAAUUCAGUUCGCAUACGUUUACAGCAGCAGCAGCAGCAGCACUGCCCCCCACGCCGCUGACAUCUAUCAUCAAUCGCCGGACACGGAGUGGCUGGAGGACGACUGCAACGGGUGCCGGCGGGACAGUGAGACCAGCUCCGACUCAGACUCAGUCACGCAGCCGGAAGCAGGAAACAAAGCAAACAACAACAGCAACAACAACAAUCGAAACAGCAACAACUACAACAAUAUGGCCGUGCGCAAAAAACAGGAUGACAAAUACCUGCUGGCACUGCGGGAACUGGUGAACAGCGGGGCAGGCAAUCGGCAAUGCUUCGAUUGCAACCAAAAGGGGCCCACCUACGUCAACAUGACGAUCGGCUCGUUCGUCUGCACACGCUGUUCGGGCGUACUACGAGGAUUGACGCCGCCGCAUCGCGUGAAAUCCAUAUCGAUGGCGACAUUCACACAGGACGAGCUCGACUUUCUCAAGGCGCAUGGUAAUGAGCUAUGCGCCAAGACGUGGCUGGGCUUGUGGGAUCCCAAACGUGCCGCCGCCCAGCAACAGGAUCAGCGGGAAUUGAUGAUUGAUAAGUACGAACGCAAGCGUUACUAUCUGGAGCCAGGCAGUCCGCUCAAGUCGCUCAAUCUGAAGACGUCCAGCAAUGGUUAUCACAACAACAAUAACAACAAUAAUAAUAGCAACAGCAACAGCAACAACACUAAUAAUAAUUCGAGCAUCUCGAGUAAUGGUUAUGCCAGCAUUCAUUUGACACCGCCCGCCGCUCAGCGCACCGCUGCCAAUGGUUUGUCGAAGACAGGCACAUCCACCGGAUCCUCGGCGGCGAUCAGUCGGCCGCAGCAUCAUCAUCAUCAUCAUCUUCCGCAGCAGCAGAAUGGCAAUCAUGAUGCCUUCAAUCUUGGCCUGGGACUGACUAGCCUCAACAGUGCCGGCUCCACAUCGACGGGUGCUCUCUCGGAUACGAGCAGCUGUGCCAGCAAUGGAUUUGCCGGCGAGACCGAUUUCGUUGCCGACUUUGGUACGGCGAAUAUAUUUGAUGCGACCGCGGCGCGCUCCGCGGGCUCACCGGCUGUCUCCUCGGCCAGUUCGGUUAGCUCCACCAAUGGCUAUGCCAAAGUGCAGCCCAUCCGAGCGGCGCAUCUUCAACAGCAGCAGCAGCAGCAACAGCAACAGCAGCAACAACAACAGCAACAGCAACAUCUGCUCAAUGGCAACGGAACGGAGAACUUUGCGGAUUUCGAGCAUGCGCCCAUUUAUAAUGCUGGUGGUGCUUCGCUGCAGAGCAGUCAGCUUGGGCAGCAGCAGCAGCAGCUGCAGAAGCGAACGGCAAAGGUGGGCAGCAGUGCACCCAGCGAGGACCGCUAUGCGGCGCUCAAGGACCUCGAUGAGCAGCUGCGCGAACUGAAGGCCAGCGAGGCAGCUGCCACUGAGGCGCCAACGCCGACAAAUGCCAACAACACGCCUCUGGACGCCUUUGGCACUGGUGACCACAACCAUAACAACAAUAACAAUGCCAAUCCUUUCAAGAGCCAGCAAGCACUGCUCGUCAACGGCAACAACCAUGCGGUGAAUCCAUUCCAGGCACAGCAGCAGCUCCAGCAACAGCAGCAGCAGAAUCUCUAUGGCCAGUUGACGCUCAUACCAAAUGGCUACGGCAGCAGUCCGCAGCAGGCAGCAGGAGUGGCACAACAGCUGUUGCAGCCACAGGCCCCAAGUUUCUACAAUUUCAAUAACAAUGGCUAUGCCUUGACCCAAGGCCUGCCCAACGGUUGCGGCUUUGGUAGCAUGCAACCAGCGCCUGUUAUGGCCGGUGGCAUAUCGAGCUGUUUCAAUAAUCCAUUUGCGGCCAGCGGAGCUAUGAACACCAAUAAUCCAUUUUUAUGAGAUUCCGACUCGAGCAGAGCACAGGACCAACAGCAACAAAAACAGAAACAGCUGAAGGAGCAGCUGCAGCUGCAGCAGAAGGAGCACACAAUAUGGCUGAGGCGUUGAUAAGGCAGAGCAGAGAACCAGAAAAGCAGAGAACGAUCAAAAGCCGCUGAACAAAAUGCAAAAAGUGAACCGAAAUUAGUCCAUUUUACGAACAAUAGCUAUUAACUAUGAUAUACAUAUAUCCAACAUACUAAAUACAUAGACAUACAUGUAUGCAUAUGUGUAUGUGUGUGUGUGUGUGUAUAUAUAUAUAUAUAUAUAUAGGUAUGUACCAUGCUGAAAGUAGAAUUCGCAUUUGCGGAUCGGAUUUGCGAUGAUCGUACAAUAUAUACAUAUACAUAUUAUAUUCUUUUACAAAGCUAUAACUCUACAUAAAUAUUUAUACGGCUAAUACACACACACACAUCCGUUUAUAUAUAUUUAUAUAAAUACAUAUGCGAUUUGGAUGUAUCUAAAGUUUUGUAUUUACCGUUGCCUUUAGCAUCUAUCGACUUUUUACUAAACUUAAACUUUCUCAACGUGCGCCACAGUUUGUCGUGUGUUUAGCUUAAACUUAAACUAAAUGCAUAUACUUAUGCAGUACGAGAUAUAUAUAUCUAUAUAUAUAUAUAUAUAUAACUAAAAAAAAAACACUAAAACAAUAAUUCUAAGUUCUUAUGGUAGUAAACCCUAAUCAGCCCAUAUUAAGUUGCGGUCUAAUUUGUAUUUCGUUUUGUGUUUUCUUCUUUUUAUAAAUGUUUAGGUAAGAAAAUGUUUUAUUCUUUUUGCCUUAUCAUCGCAUCCUUGUAGCUCUCUUCCUCUCUCUCUCUCUUUCGACCUGUUUUUCUUUUGGGGUUUUAACGACUUUGCGCGCUUGUUUCGGUGUACGAAACUCUUGUCAGUUAUUGAUUGUGUGGCCUUAAUAAGAUUAUGAAAAUGUUCAUUAAACUAAACUAUCAUUAAUAAAAUAAUGCUAACAUACAUAAUAAAUAUAUUAUAUAAACACAUAUACAUAUAUAUAUAUGCUUUUGUACCUAAAUUAAAUGCUUCUUGUUUUAAUACUUGUUAUUCAACUAUGAUAAAUAAAUAAACCAAUCACAACCAACCAACCAACCAACACACACACUUAGAACGGAUAGUUUGCUCAACACAAAGUUAAAGUUUGUUAAUUGCGAUGAUAAUAUAUAUAAACAUAUAUCUCUAUUUACUUACACCUAAGAAUAUGGCGCGACGUUCAUAUGUAGUAUCAUUACAAAAAAAAAAAAAUUAAAAAAAACGGUAUUAGUAUUCAUUCGGAAUUGUUUAAUGCCAACAAAAGUCCAAAUAAGAAGCAAGAUGAAUUUUUCCAUAUUUAGCCUUAACGUAUGUCAAACAUUAUCUCGAAGCCUUAAAACAAUUAUUUAAAAUUACAAGUUUCAAUAAAAA